AUGGUGAAGUGGCAAUUAAUCAAAGUGGUCAUCUUGGGUCAAGAUCCAUAUCAUGGUCCAAGACAAGCUCAUGGUUUAUGUUUUAGUGUACAGAAAGGUGUUGAUCCUCCGCCAAGUUUGAAAAAUCUGUACCGAGAAUUGGCUGCAGACAUUUCUGAUUUUAUGCCCGAACAUGGAGAUUUAACGAGAUGGGCAAAACAAGGAAGUCUUACCCUACUAUUAAAUGCCUGUCUCACAGUUCGCUCUGGAUCUUCUAAUUCACAUGCUGACCAUGGGUAGGAAAAGUUCACCGAUGCUGUAAUCAAAUGGCUCAACUCAAAUUGCCAGAAUCUCGUCUUCAUCUUAUGGGGAAAUUAUGCUCAAAAGAAAGGUGCCAGUAUUGACAGUAAACGUCACCUUGUUCUCAAAACAGCUCACCCUUCACCUUUAUCCGUUCACCGAGGAUUCUUUGGUUGUAAAAACUUCUCUAAGGCUAACACUUACUUGGAAUCAAAAGGAAAAACUCCAAUUAACUGGGGCGAUUUACCAUAAAUCCACCAAACCUAAAGUCUCAACGAUUAACAAAACAGUUCAACUCCUAAAAAGAGAAAAAACAAUCUCCAUAU